AGGCAAGUAUAUCGCCUCAACGCAGCGACCUGACGGAACCUGGCGCAAGCAGCGGAGGGUGAAAGAAGGCUAUGUGCCCCAGGAGGAGGUUCCAGUAUAACAACAUGAACCGAGGACACAAAACAAAACAAGGACCUGAAGGCUCUGGAGAAUUAGCCAAAGCAAGCAUAUUUAGGAGGAGAGUUGGAAGACAGAUGAAGGAGUUGCUUCAGGUGGCUCACUCCAUCACCCAGGCUGGAAUGUAGUGGCAUGAUCUUGGCUCACUGCAACCUCCACCUUCUAGGCUCAAGUGAUUCUCAAGCCUCAGCCUCCUAAACUGGGAUUACAGGCACCCACCAUCAUGCCUGGCUAAUUUUUGUAUUUUUAGUAGAGACGGGGUUUUGCUGUGUUGACCAGGCAGGUUUCAAACUCCUGGUCUCAAGUGAUUUGCACUUCUCAGCCUCCCAAAGUGCUGGGAUUACAGGCACGAGCCAUUGCACUCAACCCAGGUCUAGGAAUUUCAAGGUAUUUUGAGGACCUUGAGAAGAAACAAAUUCACUAGAUUCAUAUAGGUGUUACAAACACAAUCUGAUGAUAAAUCUUUGGCUUGGCUUUCUAGCCUGGAGGCUUUUAAAAGUUGAAUCUAAAGUUUCUUAUUAAAAAAUUCGCUCAUGCCUGUAAUCCCAGUACUUUGGGAGGCGGAUCACUAGGUCAGGAGUUCAAGACCAGUCUGACCAACAUGGUGAACUCCUGUCUCUACUAAAAAUACAAAAAUUAGCUGUGUAUGGUGGGGUGCACCUGUAAUCCUAGCUACUCAGGAAGCUGAGGCAGAAGAAUCACUUGAACCCAGGAGGUGGAGGUUGCAGUGAGCUGAGAUUGUGCCACUUUACUUCAGCCUGGGUGACAGAGCAAGACUCUGUCUUAAAAGAAAAAAAAAAUCCAGCAGAGGAAGAUGGCGUCGCAGAGGGUCGGAUCGUUUCCCCGCGGGCUCACGGCGCUGCUGCUGCUGCUGUUCCUGCUCCUGCUUGGGCUCCGGCCCGCGGCGAGCCACGGCGGUAAGUACUCGCGGGAGAAGAACCAGCCCGAGCCGCCUCCGAAGCGCGAGUCCCAGGAGGAGUUCCGCAUGGAGAAGCUGAACCAGCUGUGGGAGAAGGCCCGGCGGCUCCAUCUUCCUCCCGUGAGGCUGGCCAAGCUCCACGCUGAUCUGAAGAUGCAGGAGAGGGACGAACUUGCCUGGAAGAAACUGAAGCUCAAGGGCCUGGACGAAGACGGAAGGAGCGAACUCAUACGCAACCUCAAUGUCAUCCUGGCCAAGUAUGGUCUGGAUGGGAAGAAGGACACUCGGCAGGUGACCAGCAACUCUCUCAGUGACACCCAGGAAGACGGGCUGGAUGACCCCAGGCUGGAAAAGUUGUGGCACAAGGCAAAGACCUCUGGGAAAUUCUCCAGUGAAGAACUGGACGAGCUUUGGCGGGAGUUCCUGCAUCACAAAGAGAAAGUUCACGAGUACAACGUCCUGCUGGACUCCCUGAGUAGGACCGAAGAAAUCCACGAGAACGUCAUCAGCCCCUCAGACCUGAGUGACAUCAAGGGCGAUGUCCUGCACAGCAGGCACAUGGAGCUGAAGGAGAGGCUGCACGGCAUCAACCAGGGCCUGGACCACCUGGGCAGGCUCAGCCACCAGGGCUACGACACCGAGGCCGAGUUCGAGGAGCCCAGGGUGAUUGACCUGUGGGACCUGGCGCAGUCUGCCAACCUCACCGAGAAGGAUCUGGAGGCGCUCCGGGAGGAGCUCAAGCCCUUCGAAGCCAAAAUCGAGAAGCACAACCACUACCAGAAGCAGCUGCACAUCGCGCACGAGAAGCUGAGGCAUGCGGAGAGCGUGGGCGACGGCGAGCUUGUGAGCCGCAGCCUCGAGAAGCACGCCCUGCUGGAGGGGCAGACCAAGCAGCUGAGACCAAGCUAUACGGUGAAGAAGCAUCUCCAGGACCUGUCCAGCAGGAUCUCCAGAGCUCGGCACAACGAACUGUAAAGGUGUCGGGAGCCCGGCCCGGCAGGGAGGAGGCCGGCGUGAGGGACCUGGGCUCCUAGCCGUGGCAUUCCCGUGGACAGCCUGCUGUGAGGGUGGCUGGGGCUGGCACAGCUGUUGCAGCAGGAAGGCUUAUUUCUGGUGACUGCAGCCGCUGCUGUCCUGACACAGGACUUGGUGGUGGUCGCGUCUGGGUCUGAGAUCGGCCUAGCUCUGACCAAGGGGGCUUGGCUUCCGCUCAGCAUCAGCGUGGUCCUCCCCUCCUCUGCCGGGGAGGACCUCCAUGUCCACCCGCUGUGGGUCUGCCAGUCCUCUGCUAAAACAACACAGUUACAGAAAAAAAUCUUAUACGUCUGCCGCUGGAA